UUUGGCAUCUGUCCUGAAAGAGAAAUCCUCAUGACCACAAUUCCCACCAUGCAGUGCAGCUAGCUGUUUUCCACGAGACUUUCACUCAGUUGCACACCCUGACGGCCCUAAAUUACUUUUGGUAGUGACCCUAAAAAGGAACAAUUAGGAUUUCAAAAUGACAGCACGUGUCAAUAACUUCCCACCGCUGCCAGCAAUACUCAGAAUAAAGCCCUGCUUUUACCAGAACAUUGAAGAUGAGAUUCCUGUACCACAUCAACAGUUGGUGCGCAAAGUGUACAUACUUUGGAUGAUGUACUCGGGCACGCUGUGUAUGAACGUGAUCUCGUGCAUCGCCUGGUGGGCCGGCGGCGGCUCCAUCACCAACUUCGGCUUCUCUCUGCUCUGGCUGCUCCUCUUCAGCCCCUGUGGCUACACCUGCUGGUUCAGACCACUCUACAAAGCCUUCAGGGCGGACAGUUCCUUUAACUUCAUGGCCUUCUUCUUCAUCUUCUUCCUCCAGUGCGUCCUGGCUGUGAUCCAGACCAUUGGCAUCUCCGGUUGGGGAACCUGCGGGUGGCUGUCCACAGUGCUGUUCUUCAGCACCAACGUGGGCUCAGCCAUAGUGAUGCUUAUCACCGCCCUGCUUCUCACCCUGGACACCGUUUUAAUGGCUCUGGUUCUGAUCAAGGUCCACAGAAUGUACCGCGGCGGCGGCGGCAGUCUCGGGCGUGCCAAGGAGGAGUGGUCCACCGGGAUGUGGAAGAACGCGACGGUGAGAGAAGUAGGCUUCAACACGGUGGCUCAGACGGCCCAGGGCCCCAGCCUGCCCCAGUACCCCGCUGCAGUGCCCAGCUACCCGGACAACAGCCAGUGGUAACUCCGGAUACGACCAGAAGGUGGCGACAGAGGAUACGUUGCGUUUCUCUCGAGUGCCAAAGAAAAAAAAUCACUUGGUGCAUAAAAGUAUUUCACAUGAGCUGACUGGAAAUGAUACAUUGCAGUGUUGUUUAUUUUUUUUGUUUAACAAAGGAGGGUUGUUAUUAAGAUAUUUAGGAUAAGGCCUUCCUCAGUUAAACACUUUGUUGGGUUAUUGUCGGGAAAGGAGACCUGAGUUUGUUGCCAUCGUCCAUUCCAUUUAAUUUCAUCCACGUUUACAAAAGCUGUCCUCAGGGGUUGUUAACAACCCUUUUAGUGUAAAGAAGUACUUUAUCUAGGUUCGAGAAAAGAAGUUAAUACGAAUAAAAAACAGUACAGAAUUGAGGCAAGAAGGAAUUUGUUUUGAUAUUGUUGAUUUGAGAAUGCCAUAUAAUGCCUGCUUUGGGUCCAGUGUAUGUGAAAGGCCUUAAGACCCUAAGACUAAUGUGGGCUGGUAGGACCACAAUUGACACGUUAUGUAGGGAUGGGGAUAUUUUUAAGAAAAAAACAAUACAGUACAGCUAACUAUUUUCCAAUGUAUUAGUUAGUAUCCAUCAUUUCAACGCCACACUCGUAUUUAUUUUGUAUUUUUUUAUAAUGCUAUACACGGAUCUAUGCCUUUGAUCAGCAUCUGCCUUUAUUAUCGAUUGAACUAAUAGGCCUUAAUAUUGCAUGCACCUUUUGCAUGGUGAAAGUAUGUUUUCUAAUACUUGCCUUAACAAAUGCUUCAAAUUGUGUUGUUAAGAGGGGCCAAUGAAUUGUCAAAAGCCUUUUUCUUCCUACUUUAACUGGAAAAGCAAUAGUUUUGUUUUCCAUAACUUGAAUUUGCCUGGUAAGCAGUUGGUGACCUGUUGCCAUUACUUUCUACUGAAAUGAGGGUUCAAACUGUUCCCUUUUGCACCUGUUACUUACAAUACUAUUGCCAAAUAACAAUUGAAACACAAGAGCAACAAUACCGUUUUCUACAAGGUUCCUUUGUAAGGUCACAUUCUCUUAAUCCAGUGCCAUAGCGACUAGGUCAUGAGUUAUAUUUUACAAAUGCAUUUGGUUAGAAUAAUGCUAUGCUGCUUGAAAAUGUCUAACAUUGAACUUCACAGAAAAAGGGCAUGUGCAGGGAUAUCAACUAUUAUUUUGAGAAUCAUUUUAAUCUGAAUUUCAUGGUCGUUUUUUCGUUGCUAUGAAGGUAUAUUUGAUCGUAAUGAGCACUAUAUCCUUUGUUAAAGAAAAUGCCAAAUGAGCCCCUCAAUGUGAAUCCAAACAUUUCAAUAAACAUUCUCGUUUUCA